AUGACACAUCCUCUGAGUCCCCUUGUUCUUCUUCCAUAUAAUCCUCAUCCCCUUGUUCCUCGUCGUUAUUCAUUGGAGCUCCACUCUGUCCUCGCUCAGGCCUCCCGUGUCUUUCCCGCCAAGGACCAGAUCUGGCCUUCUCUCUUGCCACGGCUGCAGCCAGGCCCCCCCGGCCUGCCCGACCGCUCGCACCCCGUACGCCGCGUCCUCUCCCCGCUGCCGGCGCCUGCCCUCUCGUUCCCGACGGCGGAUUUCCUGCCGCCAGCUCCGCCGCCCGUUCUCGCAUCACCCUCUGCCGAGCGGUUCCCCCUCGGCGCCUAUCGAUCGCGGUCACCUGCUCCUCCUCUACGGCUGCCGUCCCGUCCUCCGCCUCUGCCGUCUCCCCUUCAGCUCCGUCGGCUGCUUGUCCCGCGGCGCGUUCCGUUCCUGAUGACAGGCCGGUGUCGGCCACCCCCGCGUGAUGUGAUCGUGGCGGCGGGGCCUCCUGCUGUUCCCAUCCAACCAGCGGCCCAGGGCGGGCAGGUGCCAGCCCUGUUCCGAGCCGUCGCGGACUGCCUAACUGCAGGUGUUGGCGUCGCGCCCUCGGCGCCCCCGAUGGCGACUGCUCGGCCGCGUGAGCCUGUGUACCGGUCUCCCCGCAGGCGCACCCAUCCAUUCCUUCGCGCGCGCGGGCAAUCCUUCUGUCGCCGCCGCCCUCCUCGCCCGCCGUUGUCAGGCCAGGCUCGCCAACGGCCUCAGCUCCAUGCUCCCGCCUCUCAGUCGUCCCCGUUGCACCUACCUCCUCCCGCGGUGCAAUCCGCCUCGUCGCAGCAGGUUCCACCGGUUGCGCAGGCUCCGGCGCAGUCUGCGCCUCCUGUUCCUCUGUCGCGGCCAUCUCUUCCUGAUCCAGAUCCUGAGGCGCCUCCCCAGUCGCAACCGUGUGACCCUGCCGCUCCAUCCUCACGGGGCGAUUCUGCUCCUCGAUUGGUCGAACAGGCGCCUCUCCCGUCUGCGGCACCAGUGCCAGGCUCGGAGCCGCCUCCCCUCCCGCCGUCUCAUCAGCCAGCCGUGCCUUCCUUGUCCGUGCCGACCCCUGCUGUGCCGUAUGCGUGUUCGUACCCCCCUCGGCUGGAUGUGACGGACUCCGCUCCUCCAGGCCCUCGCGGGCUCCCUUUCCCGGAUCCCGCCUACUGCGGCCCUCGGCGCCAGCACCCCCUCGUGCCGGGGUCUCGUCCUCCUGGAGCUCGGUUUGGAUUUCAUCAGGCUGUGCCUGGCAUCGCCCGCGGCUACUGGAGCGCCGACGAGGUGCCGGGCACCCCUCGCGACCUGGGGGUUGAUUGGGAUGGUUGCUUCUCGUGGCCUCAGGAACAGGACGGGGGGAACUGGGGCUCGGGCGCUCCUCCCCCGAGCCCUCCUUGGGGGGAGCCUUGUUAUGGACAGGGGGAUUACGAGUCUCGUUGGCGGCAUCUUCAGGCGAUUGGCCGUUGCGUGACUGAGCUCUCGUUCGUGCUUGACCUCCUGCACGACGCCCUUCUGUCUCGGGAGGUGGUGGCGCGGGAUCCGCAGAUGAAUGAAGACCAGCAGGGUCGUGUGCGGCGGGCAGUAGAGAGCGCGCUGUGGGAUGUCCUACAUCUGCCACUUGAGCCCGGGGACCCUUCACCGGACGACGGACCUGGCGCUGCGGCUUUCCGCAUGGUAGCCACGGCUGCUGAGGAGUGCCCGCUUGGCAUCGUGCCCGCACUCGCGUGUUUGCUCCGGUGGCUUGGGCGGAGGAUGAGGCGGAUGUAG